AUGGCGGUUUAUCUUCCGAACUCGUUUCUCCAGAUUAAUCCAUGUGUUCCUUCUCUGCUAAUUAGAAAGCCGGUUAUGGCGGCGGCGAUUGGCGCGAAAGGAGGGAAAAAGCCGGCGGGAAGCAAUCCGGUGGUUCAGAUAACGUGCAGGAAGAAGGAUUUGCACCCUGAGUUCCACGAGGACGCGAAGGUUUACUGCAACGGAGAGCUGGUGAUGACGACGGGAGGGACUAAGAAAGAGUACGUCGUCGAUGUUUGGUCCGGUAACCAUCCGUUCUACCUCGGGAAUCGAUCGGCGUUGAUGGUGGACGCCGAUCAAGUGGAGAAGUUCCGUAAGAGGUUCGCGGGGCUCUCUGAGAUUAUGGAGAUUCCGGUGCUUAAAGGAGAAAUCGUCUUGCCAACGAAGAAAAGUAAGGGUGCAGGAAAAGGGAAGAAGAAAUGA